UGAUCUUCAAUCACUUGAGCAAGGAGCAAACGAAAGCAAAUGGAGAUGGAUUUGACACCCAAGAAGGCACAAGUCAUGUUUGAAGGAGAUGGUGGAUCUUACUACUUGUGGUCAAAUUCUCAAGUGCCUCUUCUGGCUAACAAUAAUGUUGCUGCUUGUUUGCUUAAGCUUCAACCUCAAGGCUUUGCUCUUCCUCACUAUGCAGAUUCUCCUAAAAUUGGCUGUGUUCUUCAAGGGACUGAUGGCAUAGUUGGGAUAGUGGUCCCAAACACAAGAAAAGAGGUCGUUUUGAAGCUGAAGAAAGGAGAUGUAGUACCAUUACCUAUAGGAGGGGUCUCAUGGUGGUUCAACAAUGGAGAAUCUGAACUCAUCAUAGUGUUUAUGGGUGAAACAUCUCAAGCUCAUGUUCCAGGCCAAUUCACCUACUUCUUUUUAUCUGGAGCUCAAGGAAUUAUGGGAGGCUUUUCCUCUGAGGUCAUAACCAAAGCUUUCAAUUUGACCACAAAAGAAGCAAACAAACUCACAAAGAGCCAACAAGAAGCUUUGAUCCUUAAGCUUCAAAAAGGCCAAGAUAUAUUGCCCAUCCCUCACAUGGACAAGACCAUGGAGAUGGUGUACAACAUUGAUGCUGCAAAACCAGACCACAUGGCCAAAAAUGGAGGGUUGGUCACAACUUUGACUGAGUCAGAGUUUCCUUUUAUUGGAGAAGUUGGGUUUAGUGUGAUCAAAGUGAAGCUUGAGCCUAAUGCUAUUAAGUCACCACUGUAUCUAACCAACCCUGCAGUUCAAUUGAUUUAUGUUGCUAGCGGAAGUGGGAAAUUUGAGAUUGUAGGGUUUGAUGGCAAAAUGUUGUUGGAUUCUCAUGUUGAAGCUGGUCAAUUGCUUGUUGUGCCUAAGUUUUUUGUGGUUGCACAGAUUGCUGGUGAAGAUGGAAUGGAGUGCUAUUCUAUCCUCAGAACAAAAAAGCCUGUGUUUGAAGAGCUAGCUGGGAAGUCAUCAAUAUGGGAGGCCAUAUCUCCACAAGUGCAAAAAGUGGCUCUUAAUGUGGCUGAUCCAGAUUUUGAGAAGCCUUUCUUGUUCAACAACAACAAUUCCACAAAUCUCAUUCCUCCAGCCAAUUGCAAUUGAUUUGUAGUUUUCAUCUUCUCUUCAGAUUAAUUAUUCACGUCAUAUAUGUUAUUAGUUUAUAUAAUUUGUGUUUUCACACAUGUUAACUCCCUACAUGUGUUGAUCCAUAUU